AUGACAGCCCCCACUUUCCAGCGCUGUUGUGAGGCUGCAGAGAAUCUAGCAGAUGAGGCAGGAAUGGGUGAGGAAACUGAGGCAGCUCGAUGGGGUCAGCCAACUAGGAAGUGCCUGAGGUUGGUUUCGAACUCGCUUCCUCGGUGCCCUGGGAAGACACGGGGCGGCUACGCUUUCGAAACUGUUUCAGGCUGUGUGCUUCAGAGCAAGUUUCACCUACGACAGAUGGCCAUAACAGGCUUGAGUGGGCAUGCAGUUGCCAUGGAGUCGGCGCUGUCCCCGCCUCCGGGCUGCGGCCACGUGAAAGGCAGCGCAGGCGCACUGGCGCCCGUCCCCGGCGUCCGUCAUGAGGGACCAGAGUCCCCACCGCCGGAGUCGGAGCCGAAGUCGAAGCCGGAGCCGGAGCCGGAGCCGGAGCCGGAGCCGGCGGGGAGCGCGCUCGCCCGGGAUCCGGAGGUAACUCCCCAGCCGUCGCCGCCCGCGGCCCGGCUCCCUCUACCCCUGUCCCGGGGGCUGGCUUGGGGCGCCCCCGGCCCCGCCCCUCAGAUGAGCUCAGCGCAUGCCAUGGGGCACGCCCCUCCAGGCUUGAGUGGGCAUGCAGUUGCCAUGGAGUCGGCGCUGUCCCCGCCUCCGGGCUGCGGCCACGUGAAAGGCAGCGCAGGCGCACUGGCGCCCGUCCCCGGCGUCCGUCAUGAGGGACCAGAGUCCCCACCGCCGGAGUCGGAGCCGAAGUCGAAGCCGGAGCCGGAGCCGGAGCCGGAGCCGGAGCCGGCGGGGAGCGCGCUCGCCCGGGAUCCGGAGGUAACUCCCCAGCCGUCGCCGCCCGCGGCCCGGCUCCCUCUACCCCUGUCCCGGGGGCUGGCUUGGGGCGCCCCCGGCCCCGCCCCUCAGGCCAGGCCUGCGCCGGGGGGCGGGGGAGUUACGCCGGCCCCGCCCCAGCCCCUCGCCGCCCCUCCCCCAUGUCUUCCCGGAGGCUGCGAGCUGAGCCGGGGACCCGGGCCUUUUACGGACGGAGAAACUGAGGCCCGGGGACCCCGGCCUCCAUGCGGCUUCUCACUCGCCCGACUGCGGGCAUGUUUCCAGGCUGCCCCCAUGCUCGCGAUGCCCUCCCUCCUCUGCCAGCUGGCUUUGUUCUUGCCAGUGCUGGGAGCCCACCUCCUCCGGGAAGCAUUCCCAAGUCCCCCUCCUACUAGUGGUGCCUCACGAUUCUAG